AUGGAAGGGGACGCAUCCACUAUUACUGGGAUUACGAGUUUUUUGCAGUAUUGCACAACAACGCCUGGUUUGGGCGCAAUGGCAGGGACUAAUCUAAUCUCUCCCCAAAUACAAUCAGGGUGGUCUGCCCCAUCUUCUCGAACCCACACUCCUGCUCCUGCAGCUGUGCUGCCUCAUGUAUAUUCCCCAAUGUCUUUUGAUCACAUGUCCAAUUGUGAAUUGUUGAAUAUGGUUGCCCAAAACAUGAUUAUUUUAAAAAAAGAAUUCUCUCAACUACAAGGAUCCUAUGACGCGCAACAUGAUCAAAUUGCGUUGUUAAGGGCAGAAUUAGAGGAACAUUGGGAGCAAUUGCGUAAUCAACAUAUAUUUUAUUCCAACCAAAUCCAAGGAGCGGCUGCUUCCAUACAAGCUGUGCAAGACCAGCUUAUUCAUCUUUCCCCUUCUUGUUCCACAGCUCCUCCACCUCCACCUGCUGGCACUAGCACAUCCACCUCCACCAAUCCCCCACCUGCUCCUACAUCUUCUAAUUCAGAUCUAAAGUUUGCCAAGCCCAACAAGUUUGGCGGUAAAAAAGAAGAUGCCCUCAACUUUAUUAUUGCCUGUCAAGCGUAUAUAAGGGCAAAAGGAGCUAAUAGAUCCCACAAGGAGAAAAUAUUGUGGGUCACGUCUUAUUUUGAAGGUGCAGCAGAAGAUUGGGUACGCCCCUAUAAGGAGAGGAAGGUGUUCAGAGGAGAAGCAGUUCCAUUAUUGGAAAACAUUGACAUAUUCUGGGCCAAAUUUACUAAACAUUACGUGGACACAAAUCGUGAUGAGAAGUACCGCCAGAAAUGGAACAACUUGCGGCAAAAGGCUUCAGUUCAAGAGUACACUCAAGAAUUCCAACAAUACUCAGUGUCCUUGGGCUACAGUGACAAAACCUUGCGUGACAAAUAUUACAAUGGCCUUAAAAAUGACAUCAAGGACAUCAUGCUCUCCACCAUGUUCCAAUGGUGUUGCGCCACGGCUCAGCAAGUCUAUGAUAAGGCAGAGGAGAUUGCAAAUCAUAUUGAAUCCACUUGCCUGUCUAAUCUGUUGGUUUCCACUAUUUGCGCCCCUGCCUCUGCUGUCCCCACUUCUGCUUCCAGUCCCACUCCCACUUGCACUUGUCUCAAUGUGGGAGAUAAUGUGUACAUGAUUGAUCCCACCACUUGUCGCGCCAAGAAAGGUGCUAUCACUUCCAUUGUUUGUACAACCUCCGGCAACAUGCCAAAUGUUAGGUGGAACAGAGAAACCAAGGACACUAUGAUUCCCUUCCCAUCUCUAAAAAAGGAUGAGCGCCCUGCUGCCGCUGCCCCAGUAAAACCUAUUGUUGCCCCUGUCCCUGUUUUAGCUUCAAAUUCUAAGGGCCCAGGCCCCAUGGACCUUGAUGGAAGGGGCUUCACAAAUCUCACCUGUCAUGUAUGCGGCGGUAAAGGCCACUUUGCACGCAAUUGUCCCUCAAAACCCAUGUCUGGACAUGUGGCUAACGUCAAAUGGUCUUGGGAAAGGCCUAAAGAAGAAAAUCGGAUUGAAGUUGUCUCUGAUGAGGAGGAGUUGGGAAAAGGAAAAGCCAAGGCCGACUAA